AUGACUGUCCCUCAGCCAUCCAACGGCUCAACAGCCAAGUCAACGGGAGUCAAGGUCGUGAUUGUCGGGGCCGGAUUUGGUGGCUUGACAGCUGCAAUCGAGUGUCACCGUCAAGGACACACCGUGGAAGUAUACGAGUCAUUUCCAGAGCCCAAGGCCCUGGGCGACAUCAUUUCGUUCGGUCCUAACGCAGGUCGCAUCUACCGACGCUGGUCAAACGGAGCUAUCGCAGAUCGCUUGAGGCCGCUCAGCAUUAAUUUGAAAGACCACGGUUUCAAAAUCCACAAGUGGACGGGAGAGCUUGUACACACGCAGCUCACCCCUCCAGCUGAUCCAGAGGCGCCAGCAUUCAAUGGUCACCGAGGCGAGCUACACACUGUUGUUUUCAAUUAUGCCAAGGAUGAGCUGGGCAUUCCCAUUCACCUUGGCCAAAGAGUCACGAAAUAUUUCGAGGACGAAAACGAGGCAGGAAUUAUUCUUGACAGCGGGGAAAGGUCUCAGGUCACCGCAGAUGUUGUUAUUGGGGCCGAUGGAGUGCGCUCCAAGGCACGCGAGCUCGUUCUAGGUUACUUUGACAAGCCAAAGUCGAGUGGAUAUGCUGUAUACCGCGCAUGGUUUUCAAACACGGAUAUGAUUCGUGAUCCGCGAACGAAACAUUUCUGCGAGAAUGGCGACACAUUUAAUGGCUGGAUUGGGCCUGAUGUGCACUUCCUUUUCUCGACCAUUAAGAACGGGCAAGACUGUUGUUGGGUUCUAACUCACAAGGACGAAGCCGAUAUCGAAGAAUCCUGGUCCUUCCCGGGCAAGCUCGAAGACGUAUAUAAGGUCAUUGAAGGAUGGGAUCCAAUCUGCAAAGCCAUCGUCGAGAAAACACCCGAGGUAGUCGAUUGGAAGCUCGUGUACAGAGACCCACUGCCCCGGUGGGUGAGCGAUCACGGGCGUAUCGCACUGCUUGGUGAUUCGGCGCAUCCCUUCCUCCCCACAUCCGCCCAAGGUGCGACGCAAGCAAUGGAAGAUGGAGUGGUACUAGCUGUUUGUCUGAAGCGGGGUGGAAAGGGAAACAUCUCUACUGCGGUACGUGCGUACCAAGAGAUCCGGUAUGAUCGUGUGAGGGCCGUUCAGAAGACGGGUGAGACUACCCGUGAUAUGUGGCAUAAGGCGGAUUGGGAUGAAGUUGCGAAAGAUCCGGCAUCCAUUCAGCUUCCUCGUGAGGAUUGGGUGUUCAAGUUUGACGCUGAAAAGAAUGCCGAGGAAACAUAUGACGAGGUGGCUAAGCAAUUGCAGUGA